AUGGUGACUCAGUGUCAUCAUUCCGAUCUUCCGCCUCUUCCCGACUUGGUUAUAAAGAUUGAAGUGCGAUCUUCGUGUCUGUUCUGUGACCUCCCUGGCCGGGUGACAAUGACACGGGUGGUCUUCUUCAGCUGCCUGCUGGUGCUCAGCUCGCUGUAUGGACUCCAUGCCCAGGACAGGGGGUUACUCCGGACUCUACCCAAUUAUGGGGAUACCAUCACCUGUACGGGGAAUCUGGAGUGUGAACAAUCAGUCAUGUGGUGCAUGCCCGGGGACAUAGAGAAGGCCGUGACCCCCGUCCUGGUGCCGACCAACCUUAGAGCGGAAACUGUGAAGACGUGCCCCAACGAUAGCUGCUCACUCUGCGUUCAGGUGACAGUGGAGAUUUCGGCAGCUUUCCCAACAGAACAAAGAGAAGAACUGGGCUCUGGAGACUGUGACUAUGAAUACAAUGAUCAGUACUAUGAUCAGUACAGCGAUGAAGAGGAAGAAGCGUCAGAAAUAAAGGCUGUUAACGUUUUUUUACAACUCGAGAACCUCAACAAUGGUUCCAUUGUCUGCGGAAACCUGAUCAUCGCUCCUCUCAGCCUCAGCUGCUACACGAUGAGGAUGUCUCUGCCCCUGCCUGCCGUGCCGCCGACCCGCAGCUCCAACAGUACUGUGGUAGGUUCCGUUGUGUAUAACUGUUUAAGGGUGCAACCCGGAGCCGAGAUGAAUAUCGCAUCGUAUACUUAUCCGAGGUACUCCGAGGUCCUCAGCAUAUAUCAUGAAGUGCCGGGCUGCACUCAGCUGGACCUGCUGGACAAGAUAUCGAGUUGUGACUUUCCUCUCCUGGACUUUGUCAGUGAAGCCAACGAGACCUCGGUAGGAAUCGUCAACACGACCAACAGCCGGGAAAUCACCCUUUGGGUUUACUAUUUCUACAAAAGUAACGCAACGUACAGCAACAACACCAUGAUGGGAGAGAUGCGACAUUACAUUCCGCCGUCAGAUAUCGUGCCCUGCAUGUGUAUCCAGGCCUGGUACAGCGAUCUGCAGGACGCUUACAGAAACGUGCUGUGUCCCUUUAAGAAUUACUCAGACGAAGGAAUGCUGAAUAAAAGUAAACUGGAGGUGAAGUUUCCUGUUUAUGAGCUGAGCGCGGCUUGUCACGUUGUGGCGGAAGCUGCCUUGUGCUGGAAAUCCGAGAGCAGUCCGGAAUGCAGAGUGAUCCCCAACACCAGGAAGAGGAUCGUCAGCCAGGAGCCAAAUGAGAUUCGAGGUCUGGUGGUGCCGCACCCAUCAUUGUGCGUCCAGGUGUCAGUUAAAGGGAGAAUCCUGCACACCGAAUGCUUCAAAGCCAAUGUGCGUCGCGAGUUGCAGAAUGGAGCUUUACUUGUGAAAGAGGAACAAAAGAGCAAAAUCUCUGUUUGCCUCGUGGAAGACGGAGGCUGCAAAACACUGUACAACACGACGCACCAGUCAAGGAUUGACGUGGAUUUCCUAGAAGAGAAGUUGGUGACUGAUGUGAUGUCUGACCAUUGUGUGCAGAUCUUAUCUAGUGCAAAACAGAAUGUUUCCCUCUGCAAUGUUGAUAAAUAUAUGAGGUCCAGGUGGAUGUGGUCCCGGUUGUUGUGUCUGCUCGUAGUCGCCUGCGUCUUGCUGAUUUUAUUGCUGAAGAUAGAAAGUCUGAAAAAGUGGUUGAAGUCGGUGAGAGUGGAAAAACCUCUGGAUAAGAUCUUCAAAAAUCGAAGAGUGUUGAUCCUCUACUCCCCAGAUAACCCAGCCUACAUGAAACUAGUAAGAGCCUUUGCCCUCUCAUUGCAAGAUCUUAAGCUGGACGUGGUUCUGGAUCAGUGGCACCGCACCGAAAUGGCGAGAGUGAACCCUCUGCCCUGGUACCAGAAACAGAAAUCUGAAGCUUUUGAAAAACGAGGGCUGAUCAUCCUGUUGUUCUCAGAGGGAGCCAAGGAGAGGUAUACGGCGUGGGAAAAACAGAGUGCUAACCAGGUUGUGGAUUCCGACCCUUAUGGAUCUUUUGGGGCUGUGCUGAACUGUGUUUAUGCCGACUUUCAAAAAGGGCAAACCAAAGGACGCUACCUUGUUGCCAGCUUCGGCUCUGAUGGCGAUGUUGUGCCGAAUCUGUUUAGGGUACACCCGGCCUACAUUCUACCCUCACAGCUUGUAAGAUUAUUACAGGAGCUGGCAGGAGACAACACAAAAAUGCUUGGAAAGAAACAAGCCAAACGCCUGUCCGGCAAAAUCACUGACAAGCUACACGCACCUUUGAACGCAUGCCUGAAAAUUCUGAACAGGCAGACUGGCGUUAGCCAGGAUGGAAGCGAGUCAUCCGAAUCACCAGGGUUCAGUGGAAAAGUUACUGUGGAAUUACAGCCGCUCAUGAAAAACUUGGGGCACAAUUUGAAAUAG